AUAACUUCCAGAAAGUUUUCCCUCUUAAAUCACAUGACACCAGAAACAGAGACAAAAGCAGUGCAUCCACAAAAAGAAAAGCUUCAAAACAUGCACCAAUCUUCCCCAUUUUACCAGUUUCUUAAGAAGCUCAUCCAAUUUUCUAUUUCCUUCUCUGUUUUUUCAAUCUUAUUUAUGCACCCAUCUUGUACCCCCUUAUUCUAUUCUCUCAUCUCCCACUUAUCUACAUUUUCAUCCCAGCUAUUAUCCCUUGCGACUGACAAGAACUACAUAUUCCUGCUAUGCAACGGAAUCCUAGUUUUCAUCGCAAAGUACUCAUGUCACACAGUUGAUACUUGUCCACCACCCCUGUCCGAGACAAGUCCUAAUAAUGACUUAUAUUACAAGGCAUACAGGCAGAGUAUGCAAUCGUCGACAGAGAAAUCACUCUUGAUGGAGGAUGUUGCCACCAAUGAAGAUGAGAAUGAAAACGGAUCAGAAGGAAAUGAUGUCAUUUCAGAGGAAGAUGAAGAGGAAAAACAUGUUGUGUACCAGAUCACAGAUGGAACGGAAGACGACAAUGAAGAAGAUGUGAUCAGUGAUUGUGAUAACAAUGAGUACAUGAAAGAAAAUCCUUACAGGUACGAUAAUAAUGAGUACAUGAAAGAAAGUUCAUACAGUUGGUCUUUUGAGGAACAAGAAAAGGAGGACAAUUAUGAAAAAGAAGAAGAUGAAGCAGAACAAGAAGAAGAAGAAGCAAUUGCCGAGAUGAGUACAGAGGAAUUAAACAGAAAAUUUGAUGACUUCAUUAGAAAGAUGAAGGAAGAGCUCAGAAUAGAAGCCCAACAACAACUUAUAGUGGUUUAAACAGAUUAGUGAGAUGAAUAGAUGACUUCCUUGUAACAUAAUAACCUUUCUCUCUUCCAUUAUCCUUCAUAGUUUAUAGACAAUUAGAUAUAAACACUUAUUUCAUUCUCAAUCACGCUUUUCUUGUAGAUAAGAGAUGUUAGCAUUUUACCAAAAUUAUGGUGUACAUAAAUCUUAGUUCGUUUGGUACAAUAUUAUCAUACACAUCUUCCCUUUUCAGUUC